AACUUUCGAAGCUCGCCUACGCCCUAGAAGACUGAGUGGUUCACCAUUUUGGAAGAAUAAAUUCGGUAGUUUCAGUGGACUCGUAGCUCCAUUCGGGGCUCGAGUAGUGAAAAGGACAACUAUAGUUCCUUUUGACGCCAUCGCUGGCUUAGGUUGUGACGAUCGAAGGCAAUUUGUUCUUUCAAGAUGACGUGCUGUAUGAGUGAAGAGCAGAAGGAGAUCAGGCGAAUCAACGCCGAGAUCGAAAAACAACUAAGGCAGGAUAAAAAGAAUCAAAGAAGAGAACUGAAACUACUCUUACUCGGAACUGGAGAAUCAGGCAAAAGUACCUUCAUAAAGCAGAUGAGAAUUAUUCACGGGCAGGGAUACAGUGAUGAAGAUAAACUGGGCUAUGUGGCUUUGGUAUAUCAGAAUGUUAUAACUGCCAUACAGUCUUUAACGUUAGCGAUGGAAUCCUUGAAAAUAGCGUACAGAAAUCCAGCAAAUUCGGAGCAUGCAAAGACCAUGCGAGAGGUUGACCCCAAAAAUGUUACUACCUUCGAACACGACUAUUACAUAGCUACCAGAUCUCUCUGGAGCGAUCAAGGCAUGCAAGAAUGUUAUGACAGAAGAAGAGAGUACCAACUUAGCGACUCUGCGAAAUAUUAUCUAACGGACUUAGAUCGACUUGCCAGGCCCGAUUACCUUCCGACAGAACAAGACGUUCUGCGGGCUCGUGCUCCUACCUCUGGUAUCAUUGAAUACCCGUUUGAUCUCGAAACGAUAAUUUUUAGAAUGGUUGAUGUUGGAGGUCAGCGGUCCGAGAGAAGGAAGUGGAUUCACUGCUUUGAGAAUGUGACAUCAAUUAUGUUUCUUGUGGCUCUCAGUGAAUAUGACCAAGUCCUUGUAGAAUCAGCCAAUGAGAAUCGCAUGGAGGAAAGCAAAGCGUUAUUUCGUACUAUUAUCACAUACCCAUGGUUUCAGAACUCUUCCAUCAUAUUAUUUUUAAACAAGAAGGAUUUGUUGGAAGAGAAAAUUAUGUUUUCGCAUUUGGUGGAAUAUUUCCCUGAAUUUGAUGGACCCCAGUGUGAUGCACAGGCAGCACGUGAGUUCAUUCUUAAAAUGUUUGUGGACCUGAAUCCAGAUUCAGAUAAGAUAAUAUACUCCCACUUCACAUGUGCCACAGAUACAGAAAAUAUCCGGUUUGUAUUUGCGGCUGUAAAGGAUACAAUACUGCAGUUAAACCUAAAAGAGUAUAAUCUAGUUUGAAUAGAGUUGGUAAGAGAUCUUAUAAUCUGAAUUAAAGAUAAGAAGGCAAGUAGGCUUUGAGAGAUUCAACUUGGGAAUGAAAACUGUAGAAAAUCACAAAAUGGUUGAAUAGAGAUUCCUUUAUUUAAGAUUACUUGUCUUCAGCUGAUUCUAAGUGAAGUGCUUUUGUGUACAAAAUACUCUAAAACAAAAGUUUCUGUGUGAGAAUAUAGCGAGGAUUCAAGCUGUGAAGACAAGUACAGCACUGUGAAUUGUUUCCAGUAUAUUUCAACACAGUUGAGCAUUGUGUAAUUUGAAGGUAGUUAAGUAACUGGAAAUAUUUUCCAAAGUGUUAGAUAUAUAGCUAGAAAGUGUCUUGAAUAAGGAAAAAGAAACAUUAGUUUGGCUGUUAAGUUUUCACCAAGGCUACUUCCACCUCCCUCUCCCUAGUUUUGCCUCUUGGAUCAACAGUUAUGUUGUUUUUCGUAAGAGUGGGGACAAUUUCUUGUUUGUUCCAUCCUGCAAAAGAAUUUUGUAUUGUUAGCCUAAAGGAAAAAUAAACUGUUUUCUUUUACUAGUCUUUCUUUUGCAAGCUUUUGAAAAGAUAUUUACAAUGUUCACUUCCAGAGAUUUUGGUGAGAAAAGUAUGAAUUACUUGCCUUCAAUUGGCCAUAAACAAAGUGUAUAUGCUAUCCAUAAUUUAACUGCUAAUCUUCAUCAUAUUGAACACCCUUCUUGUGUAUUUGCUUUCUGGGUAAGCUGGCUUCAGCCUGGAUUUCUUGAACUCUUUUGCCUCUCUUUUGUCACUUUAUGAUUCUUUCAACUGAAUUGCUGAGGAGGUUAGUUUUUCAUUAUUGAUAAGGUGUCUUGGGAUUUGUCAUCUCAUCAUGGACUCUACAACCUUCUUUCCUUUGUGGUCCUGGGGCAUUUAGUAUCAUUAUUUUUACCAAUGAACUGCAAGGCUUAAUAGAAAAGUAAUUGUGUCUCAUCAUUUUAAAAGUAGAAGCAAGAAAUUAAAUUACUAAUUACAUGGUUUGGCUGCAUCCCUGUGUGAAGAAUUAGUAUAAAGUACUCCUUAGUUAGAGAGGAGACAAACUUAUUAACCUAAAGUAGCCAUGUAAAGUUCAUAAUGGUGAAAGUAGUAUUCUAAAUGAAUAGUUUAAGAAAAACUACUAAAGUCGCUAAAAAACAAGGAAAAAUUUCUACAGUAGGUAUGUAAUAAAAUUUCCUCAAUGAAAACUACAUAUAGACCCUUAGAGAGAUAAUCAACAUCUAGUAAACAACUUUUGUUAAACCUUGAGUUGCUUCUCCUGGUAUUAUUGCUAAUUAUGAUAUCUUCAGAUGUAAAUCAAGAGGAAAAGCAGUCAGUAAGUUGCCAACAAGUAAAAAUCUUCUUUUGGACUUGACUUUUUGAUUGUAUGAAGAGGAUUAAAUCAAACUCUAACUAUCUUGACCUUGGUAACGUCUGUUUUUCCAUCAGUAAAAGAAAAACACUUCUUAUUGCCAACUUAGAGUUGCUUUACCCAGAAAAAUUAAAGUAUCUUUGAUUUUUAUUCAUUGUUACAGUUCCCUAUUGUAGGAGUAGUAGUUGAAAUAGGAAAGGCAGGUUUUUUUUGUUGUGAAUUGUAGUAUUUUGCAGGAAUACUUUAGAUCUAUGGUGAAGGCUAAGUAGUUUUCGCGACAAGGAGUGGUGAAGUUACAAUUAGAUUAGCAACUUGUAGCUGUUGAUGUAUACGUAGUUAGUGGAACUGUUUGGCAAUAAGAUGGGUUUGAUUGACCAGCUAAUUCGAGAGUUGAAGGCAGAAAUGACAUCAGGGUUGUACAAUUGCUGUUAUUGGUCACAGUGCCCCUGGGAGUAGACAUGGUGGGUUGCCAUGGAAACAUCAGAGAGAACACCUUAACUUUUUAGAUUUUUAUUUUCUAAACAAUUAACGUUGACUUAAGACAUCUUUCACGCGUCUUUCUGUUGCGUUCAUUUUCGAUUAUUUUCCAUUGUGGCUGACCGUUCUUGAACUAUUAGAAAAAUAGAAAAGAUAUAAAUUAUUAUUGUUAUGGAGCCAAAUUAUUUGGCAGACAAUUCCAAUAAAAUUUUUAAUUCGUUCAUGAUUAUGUCAGCAUUGCAUCUAGCAACAAAAAUAUCUUGAUUUGUCUUAGCUGGAUCCCUGUGGUAACAGCCCUUGUACUUAUAGUAGUCAAUUGCUGUAUGUAUUCAUGUAUGUAUGUAUGUAAUUGCAGUACUUUUAUAAACUGUUCAUUUCUUUUCCGUUGUGAUCAACGACCACAAGUGCUUGUUUUUAAGGGCCAGUGAAGUCACUACUCAUCUAGGCUGACAGACUUUUUAUUGUAAAUUUUUCUGCAGCAGAAAGAUUAAAACAUAGCAAAAUGACCAAAAAAA